AUGUCUCAAGCGCUCUGUACCAUCUGCAGCCGUCGCGCUGCAGUCCGCGCUCCCUCUACUACGCCCGCCGCGAUUCUACCAACCCACUUCUACGGCCCUAAACCCGGCAACCACCCAUUACCCAUGCCACACCACUUCUUCCUUGGUCCCGACCCCAAGCGCUCUGCUACAUCGUCCUGCCAACAGGUCCAGCCACAGCACCACCAAUCUGCAAUCCCCACGAGACGACCAGAACCCGUGCCUCUGAUUCCUUCAGCGUAUAUGAGCGAGCGCUCGGCUAUCGCUAGGGAGAUUGCACGACUACAAGGCCUGUUGAGCGAGCCGGCGGAGGCUAGGUGGGAACGCGUUGCACGGGAAUACGAGGAGAGGAGGAAGCAGGAGACUCAGAGAUUGGAGAGGCUGGAGAAGGAGAAGGAGAUGUGGGAGGCGAUUUGGAGGGAGAGGUAUGAGUGGGGACAGGAGACAGAUUACCCGGUUGACUAA